UGUCCCUCCCGUGCUCUGGCAUGUUUACUGAGCGGGUCAGGAGCUGAAUGAGAACAUGCUGCCUGCACCGCUCUGCCUGUCAGCUCCGGCUCGAGACGAAUAUCAGCUCAUUGUGCUGCAUCAGGCUCCUCACUACUGGGAUCAGCUGCUGCUGAUGAGGACAAUGUAAAACCAGGAAUUAUCUGGAUCAGUCCAAUUACACAGGUUCCUUCCAUGGCAUCUGAAGGAGCUCGGGCCAGGAGGACCAAUCUGCUUGCAUCCAGGGUCCACUGGAGCCCCACAGACAUACCUGACUUCAUCAUGGCUCAGGACCAAAAGGCUCACGGAAACUCGAGCCAGGACAGCGUCAGGAAAUGGCUCACCACCGCGGUCACAGAGGAAGAUGCAAAGCAUGAGCCACUGAGGGAAGCUGCAGAGCCUCAGAGGAGGGACCCCAGCGGUGACGAUGACCUGGCCCUGGGCGUAGACGCGUCUUUAUAUGGUAACCAGGGAGUGAGGACGGUCCAGGAGUUUCUGCGGUGGAGCAGAUCAGAUCCAGCUCUCAGCAGGUGGAACAGCUUCAGCUCUGCAACUUCAGGUCACUCUGGACCACUCAGUGUGAUGGACAUACUCAACCUGUGGAGUGAUGACCCAGAGGAGGUCCUCUUGGAUCUGGGCUUUGGCUGCGACGAGCCCGACCUCUCUGGACGCAUCCCAGCUCGUUUCAUCAAUCAUCAGUCUCAGGCGAGAGGAAUAAACCUGCAGGUGUUUCUGGAGGCCCAGAAGAACCGGCUGGACCUGGAGAACCCAGAUGUCAACAACCGUUUUAGACAGCUGGAGGUUCUCCAGCAGGUCACUACAGCAUUCUCCUCCUUGGUUGGGUCUUCCUCCUCCUCACCUCUCACAGCACCGCUGGGGAAAGACCUGUCUCCUGAGGCCCGGGAGAGGAGGAGUCGGGUGGGCAUGCUGUUCAGACGAGCAUCAAAGAAAUCACUCAGCCAAAUCCACAAUCAGAAAACCCCGGAGUUGACUGCACCUGCUGCCACCUCUUGUCCCUGUGCUGCACCUGAGUCACCGCAACCUCCAUCCAGCCCUGGAGACAAGACAGUCCUCUUAAAAAGAGUCAAACCUGGAGUCCCUGAGACUGUGUGUCUGAGUCCUCUGGCAGAGGAACAAGGAGCUGGUCCAGACCCUCAGCCCCAGCCUAACGAGACACCUUUGAUAGGCCAGGAGGAAGCACUCAGACUCAGACAGUGCCCCCUGAGGGAAGGUCCCCCCGUGACAGCCAGCACUUCUUUACUGAGGAAGAGGAGCCCGGGGCUGGCCAGGGAAUCAUUUGAAAUGGAAGAGAUCCACAGUUUUGAUGAAAGCAGUGUCACUGGGAGCUACACAGGGGCAGAACAUUCAGGUGGGUCCUUUAUCGUACAGAAUGUGGUGCUCAGAGGCUGA